AUGUCAGCGUUUCUCGCGAACCUUCGUCGACACGACACUUUCUUCGACGUACUCUGGGUUGGACAUUGGUUUAGUAACCGGUUCGGGCUAUCCCCCUUGGUGUACCGGAAGUCCGGAACAGUUCCCACUUACAAACGGAUUCCAUAUUCUGGACAGCACUACAUAGUGCAGUAUUCGAUACAGUAUCGCUUCAAGGAGCUAAACAGGUAUCUUUGUGAACUACUACCAACCGAAAUGGAGCAUUCUAAUAAUUUCCGACUUUUUUAUGUGUCGAAGAAUCGAACCUAUCUACUAAUCCAUGUGACAGAAAUGGCUGAUCUGUACCACAGCCUAGUAGAAUUAAUCGAUAAAUAUAAUGAAAAUUUCGGUUUACAACUGUUGAUGACUCACUUGGGGUCGACAUGUGUUACCAUUUUUAGCGGGUUUACGAUGUAUCGCGCGUUAGUUGACAAGAAUCGUGAAACUAUUUACAUGGGAAUCAACAACUUGUGCUGGAGCAUUUAUUACUCCAUUUAUCAACUGUUAAGCACAAUACUCGGAGAAAUGGUUCGUUCGGAGUCGAAAAAAAUGGGAAAACUUCUCCACAAGUCAAUUGAACUGAUAAAUGAUGAAGAAAUUCGAGACAAGUUACUCCAUUUCUCCAACCAAAUUUAUCAAAGAACGUCGAUUAUCUCUUGCAAGUGGUUCGAUUUCGAUAAUGCUUUAAUCUUUUCGACAAUGGGUGCUAUCACUACCUAUCUAGUAAUUUUGAUACAAUUCGAUGUAACAUCUCAGCAAAACUAA